AUGACGGACUCCAAGUAUUUUACCACCACAAAGAAAGGUGAAAUCUUUGAACUAAAGACGGAAUUGAACUCAGACAAGAAAGAAAAGAAACGAGAAGCGGUGAAGAAAGUGAUAGCAAGUAUGACAGUUGGCAAAGAUGUCAGUGCUCUAUUUCCUGAUGUAGUCAACUGCAUGCAAACGGAUAAUGUUGAAUUGAAGAAGCUCGUCUACCUGUAUUUGAUGAAUUACGCAAAGAGUCAACCCGAUCUUGCCAUUAUGGCGGUGAACACCUUUGUCAAGGAUUGUGAAGAUCCGAACCCGCUGAUUCGAGCAUUGGCUGUACGUACUAUGGGCUGCAUUCGAGUUGAGAAAAUUACCGAAUAUCUCUGUGAACCAUUGCGGAAAUGCAUGAAGGACGAAGAUCCGUACGUUCGCAAAACCGCUGCCGUUUGCGUUGCCAAGCUUCAUGAUAUGAAUCCUACUCUUGUUGAGGAGCAAGGAUUUGUCGAGCUGUUAAAUGACCUUCUCUCGGAUGCUAACCCGAUGGUUGUUGCUAAUGCCGUUGCCGCUUUGACAGAAAUCAACGAACAGCGACCACUCAUUGAGGUCAAUUCACAAAUGGUCAACAAGCUUCUGACUGCGCUCAACGAAUGUACAGAAUGGGGCCAGGUGUUCAUUCUUGAUGCUCUUGCCGAUUACAGUCCACGUGAUGAACGGGAAGCACAAAAUAUUUGCGAACGGAUCUCACCUCGUCUUGCUCAUGCAAAUGCUGCUGUUGUUCUUUCUACUGUGAAGGUUUUGAUGAAACUUAUCGAGCUUCUGCCAAAUGAUUCGGAAUUUAUCACUCAAUUAAUUCGGAAGCUUGCACCUCCGAUGGUUACUUUAUUGUCUGCUGAACCAGAGAUUCAAUAUGUUGCUUUGCGCAACAUUAACCUGAUUGUCCAAAAGCGACCUGACAUUCUCAAACAAGAAAUGAAGGUAUUCUUCGUCAAGUACAAUGAUCCAAUUUACGUGAAAAUGGAGAAGCUUGAUAUCAUGAUUCGUUUGGCGCAGCAGAGCAAUAUUGCUCAAGUACUCUCCGAAUUGAAAGAGUAUGCUACGGAAGUUGAUGUCGAUUUUGUUCGCAAAUCAGUCCGAGCCAUUGGGCGGUGCGCCAUCAAGGUUGAACAAUCAUCAGAACGUUGUGUGGCUACACUACUCGAACUAAUUCAAACAAAAGUCAACUAUGUGGUUCAAGAAGCCGUUGUCGUUAUCAAGGAUAUCUUCCGAAAAUAUCCAAAUCGCUACGAGUCCAUCAUUUCGACUUUGUGCGAAAAUUUGGAUACACUUGAUGAACCAGAAGCUCGCGCUUCAAUGAUUUGGAUCAUUGGUGAAUACGCUGAACGUAUUGAUAACGCCGAUGAGCUGCUAGAAAGCUUCCUUGAUGGUUUCCACGAUGAAAACACUCAGGUUCAACUGCAACUUUUAACAGCUGUGGUGAAGCUCUUUUUGAAACGACCACAAGACACGCAACAACUUGUACAGAAGGUUCUAUCGUUGGCCACACAAGAUAGCGACAAUCCAGAUCUACGUGAUCGAGGUUACAUCUAUUGGCGACUUCUCUCUGCUGAUCCUGUUGCAGCCAAACAAGUGGUUCUAGCUGAAAAGCCAUUGAUAAGCGAGGAAACCGAUCUCUUGGAGCCAUCGCUUUUGGAUCAACUCAUUUGUCACAUUGGAUCUCUUGCUUCGGUUUACCACAAACCACCGAACAGCUUCAUCGACGCUGCUCGUCAACCUUUACGCCAAAUCAACAAUGGCAUUUCAUCUGGAGCACCUACUGGUUUACUCGACACUGUUGCUCAUUCUACGACCUCAACCACAAAUUCUGCCCAGCCUACUGUAAUCCCAGCACAGGAUACUCUAAUCGCUGAUCUCCUUUCUUUGGAUUUGAAUUCAUCGAUACCCACUGGAGCCAGUGCGACAGGCGGAUUCCCGGCUCCAUCGGCUUCCGGUGGUUUGGAAGAUCUAUUAGGUGGAAUUGGAGGUGAUGGACUCAUGGGAGAUAAUUCAAGUCCUCAGGAUAUGGGGCAUGGUGCUGCAAUGGCUGCUGCCUCGGCAAAUGCUGGAAUGGGUGGUUUAGCGGAUUUGUUCGGUUCGACGAUCCCCUCAGCAACUGGUGGAUUGAAUCUCCCCAAACAGUUGUGGCUUGAUGCAUCGAAAGCAAAGGGAAUGCAACUCGAGGGUUCGGUGAUUCGACGAAAUGGUCGCAUUCUCAUGGAUAUGACAAUCACAAAUAAGGCGAUGCAAGCGAUGAGCGGAUUCGCGGUUCAGCUCAACAAAAACUCGUUCGGCCUGUUCCCCGCCGAAGCUAUACAAAUGCCUGCACCACUAUUGCCUGGACAAAGCAUCAAUGUAUCAGUACCCUGCAACACUGGUGGCCCUGUUCAACGAAUGGAUCCACUCACGAAUCUUCAGGUU